UUGUUAGAGGUAAAUAAUGUCUACAUUGAAGAGGCUCGUGAUAUAGCGAUGCUCGUAGACAAAAGUGUCACGAGUGGAGCGGGUUGGGACAAUGCGGUGGAAUGUCGUCGCGAGUUGGUGGUUCGGCGCGCUCGUGCGACUUGUGAAUGCAGAUUAUUAAUAACUCGCUCUCCGAACCAACGCUCCAGCUUAAGCGACUCCCAGCCCACUUCUCGCCUGAGGCGUCCACUCCACCUGUGCCAUAUGGCCGCUCUUUAA